AUGGAUUUUGUUCGGGUGACACCUAUGACAGUUGCUCAAGAAACAGCAAGAAAAAGACUUGUAUAUACGCUUAUACUAGCUUGUGUUCCAAUUGGUGCUAUCAUGCUUAUAAAAAUCAAAAGUUUUAUUCAUUUUCUUAAAUCAAAACCAGGAAUCCUCGCAAUACUAGUAGGAAUAGGAGCUCUUGUAUAUGCACAUAUAGAACCUUUCUUCUUAAGAUAUACAUACAAAGAAAUUGCAGUUCCAAAACAAUUUAAGCCAUUUACAGUUGUUCAAUUAACUGAUAUUCAUUUUCAAUGGCCAUAUCCAUACGUAACAAAAAAGAAACUUGCUUCCAUCGUCGAAAAAGUAAAUGAAAUUAAUCCUGAUUUCAUUUUCUUAACAGGUGAUUUCAUUUCGAGAUAUAGGACUUACAACAUUUCGAAGUAUAAUACAGAAACCAUUGCUUUUUAUCUCGGGCAGCUUCGUGCGAAAAGAGGAAUCUACGCAAUCCAAGGAAAUAACGAUAGGUGCGCUGGCGAUAUGCUUUUAAAGGCUUUCAAAGAAAAUGGAGUUAGAAUGCUCAUGAAUGAAGGCAUCAUUGAUGAUGAUAUUUCGAUUACAGGAAUUUUAUCCAGCAAAAACAUCGAUAUAUGCAAUACUUGGCUUAACCAAACUAAGAUCCCAGAUGCACCUCUUAAGAUUUUAUUAUCACAUCAGCCUGAUACAGCUCUUGUUACGUAUCCUUUCUUUGAUCUUCAAUUCAGUGGUCAUACUCAUGGUGGUCAAUGCAUUGCCCCAUUCGGAAUAGGUCCAAUAUUGCAUCCAAAGAUGGGACAUAAGUUUAUUGUCGGUGUUUAUAAGAUAGGUAACAUGAUUCUUCAUGUUUCAACAGGAAUUGGCAUUUCUCCAUUACCAAAACCUUUGGUUAGAUUUAAUAAUAUUGCAGAAGUAUCCGUGAUUCGUGUUGUUCCUGAAUAA